UACCUUAGAGUAUGGUGGUCAGCUAACGGAGGGCGGGGGCGCGUCUUGGAGUUCCAUAAUGGCUGUGACGUUAAAUUAAGGCGCGUCGCCACUUUGAAGCUUACGCUCGUCGUGUCUAUUCGAAUGUUUCAGACACAACCAAGAGGAAUACCAUUUUUUCAGUUUUUUGGCGGAACACGUAACCCCCUCCUCCCGCCCCCCUCCACUCCGCGUCCGCCGCCCGCAUGACGGACACUCGCUCGCAGACGCCAGCCGCGGCCGGUGGAAAUUGGACGGCGUGAAAUGACAACAUUGUCGCCACUCCAGAGCUUGAAUCAGCGAUAGAAGGACGCUGUGCUGACACCCCUCCCAGGUCCUAAAAAAAAAAAAAACAACCAAAAAAAAAAAGAUGUCUUUUUUUAAUUUUCGCAAGAUCUUCAAGCUCGGCCCCGACCGGAAGAAGAAGCAGUACGAGCACGUGCACAGAGACGUCAACCCCGAGGAGAUCUGGGACAUCAUCGGGGAACUUGGCGAUGGAGCCUUCGGGAAAGUCUACAAGGCCCAGAACAAGCUCAACGGCACCCUCGCCGCCGCCAAGGUUAUCGACACAAAGACGGAGGAUGAGCUGGAAGACUACAUGGUGGAAAUUGACAUCCUGGCCUCUUGCAACCACCAUCACAUUGUCCAACUGCUGGACGCCUUCUACUUCGAAGGGAAACUUUGGAUCCUCAUUGAGUUCUGUGCGGGCGGCGCAGUGGACGCCAUCAUGCUGGAACUGGAGAGGCCCCUCACGGAGCCUCAGAUACGUGUGGUGUGCAAGCAGACCUUGGAGGCCUUGGUCUACCUCCACGAGAACAAGAUCAUCCACAGAGACCUGAAGGCCGGCAACAUUCUCCUCUCCCUGGAUGGAGAAGUGAAACUUGCGGAUUUUGGUGUUUCUGCGAAAAAUACAAAGACCUUGCAGAGGAGAGAUUCCUUCAUCGGCACGCCGUACUGGAUGGCUCCAGAGGUGGUGAUGUGUGAGACCUCCAAGGACCGCCCGUACGACUACAAGGCGGACAUCUGGUCCCUGGGGGUGACCCUGAUCGAGCUGGCGCAGGUCGAGCCGCCCAACCACGAGAUGAAUCCCAUGAGAGUGCUGCUGAAAAUAGCCAAGUCCGAGCCGCCCACACUUAUGCAUCCCUCUCGCUGGACACCGCAAUUCAGCGACUUUCUCCGCAGAGCACUUGACAAGAACGUGGACAAUCGGUGGAGCCCCCUGCAGCUGCUACAGCAUCCUUUUGUCACCAGCGUCGUCGACAGCAAACCUCUGCGGGAGCUCAUCGCCGAGGCCAAAGCAGAGGUCACCGAGGAGAUCGAGGACAGCAAAGAGGAGGAGGAGGAGGAGGAGCCUGAUACACCUCUGUCGGGUCCUGGACACAAGAGAGCACCGUCAGACGCCAGCAUGGCGAGCUCAGAGGAGGACAAGGCUCCGCCCACGCCCUCCACGCUGGAAUCGGUCACAGAAAAGACGGAGGCUGAGCCGGCCAAAGACGAGCUCUCGGACGAAGGUCUCGGGACAAGCGAGGCCGACAAGGCGGAGGAGGAGGAGAAGCUCGAUGAGGUGCCGGACGCCAGUAGUGAAGACACGGUCCCGCAAGAGCGUACGGAGCCAGAGGGCCGAGCUGAUGAGGUUUCUACGUCCGCGGAAGAGCUGGUGACAGAUGUUCAGACAAAGGACGAAAAGGAAAAUGAUUCUCCCCAAGUGUUAGAAAUAACAAAAGAGCCGGAAGAAGUGACCAAAGAAGAAUUGGAAGAGUCAAAUCCGGCAAUCGCCGACUCCACAGAAUCCGAGGAAGCCCUUGAGGUUGCACGUGCCAAACCAGAAUCUGCGUCCCAGGAACUGGACGUGGAGCAAGUCGGCAAACCGGAUGAGAUGCUUCAGCACGAGUUGGCAAAUGGAACAGAGGUCAGUGUUGACAGCGAAGGCAAUAAAGAAGUAGUGGACACCAACAUGAACGUAGCCGCACAAACCAAGCCCAGUGAGGACCAGGAGAGGCCGGAAGCAGACGAGAAGACUUCAAAGCCGUCAGAUCAGGAUCUGCGGACUACGAACGGAGUCUGCGAUGACGCCACUGAGGAUGCGGGACGAGCGCUCCCAAUUGGGGAGGAGGAACCCACUCCGGCAGAAGACAGCACCAUCCAAAGUAUCCCAGAGAGCGACUCAGAGACCAAGGCAGAGCAAGGAAGUCCUGCUGUGAGAUGCCAGGAUAUGGAGAAGGACUCUGACUCCGGAAGUAGCUCAGCUGCAGACAGCAGCAGUCUAGACCUCAACCUGUCCAUCUCCAGCUUCCUGUCCAAGAGCAAAGACGGAGGAGGUUCAGUGUCUGUACAGGAGUUAAAACGCCAGAAGAAGACUCUGAAAAAAACGCGCAAGUUCAUGGUGGACGGCGUGGAAGUCAGCGUGACCACGUCGAAGAUAGUGACGGAUGACGACGCCAAGAACGAGGAGAUGAGGUUCCUAAGGCGGCAGGAGCUGCGAGAGCUGCGCCUGCUGCAGAAAGAGGAGCAGCGAGCUCAGCAGCAGCUCAGCAACAAGCUGCAGCAGCAGAGAGACCAGAUCUUGCGGCGCUUUGAGCAGGAAACGACAGCCAAGAAGCGCCAGUACGACCAGGAAGUAGAGGGCAUGGAGAGGAAGCAAAAGCAGACCAUCGAGCGCCUGGAGCAGGACCACACCAGCCGCUUGCGGGACGAAGCCAAGCGCAUCAAAGCGGACCAGGACAAGGAACUCUCCAAGUUCCAGAACAUGCUGAAGAACAAGAAGAAAGAGGCCAAACAGGAAGUUGGACAGUCACCAAAACACAUGCGAAAAGAGCUCAUGAAGCGCUUAAAGGAGGACCUAACGCUUCUUAAGACGGCUGAGGCAGUGGCCCAGGUUAUGAUACAGUCUUUUCAGUUGUCCUCAUGCGCACUCUUCAAUGCUCAGAUGCAGGAUGAGCAGGAGUUCCUGCAGAAGCAGCAGCAGGAGCUGGAUGGCGAGCUGAAGAAGAUCAUCCAGCAGCACAAGGUGGAGAUCGCCACCAUCGAGAGGGACUGUCUCAACCACAAGCAGCAGCUGAUGAGAGCCCGGGAGGCGGCCAUGUGGGAGCUGGAGGAGCGCCACCUGCAGGAGAAGCACCAGCAGCUGAAGCAGCAGCUGAAGGACCAGUACUUCCUGCAGAGGCACCAGCUGCUGAAGCGCCACGAGAAAGAGAUGGAGCAGAUGCAGCGCUACAACCAGCGGCUGGUGGAGGAGAUGAAGAACAAGCAGACCCAGGAGCGAGUCCGCCUGCCCAAGAUCCAGCGCAGCGACGGCAAGACGCGCAUGGCCAUGUUCAAGAAGAGCCUGCGCAUCGCCGCCUCGGCCGUGAUCACGCCCGAGCAGGAGCGCGAGCGCGUCAAGCAGUUUGCUUGUCAAGAGGAGAAGAGGCAGAAGAACGAGCGCCUCCAUCAACACCAGAAACAUGAGAACCAGAUGAGAGAUCUUCAGCUGCAGUGUGACUCAAACAUCAGAGAACUGCAGCAGCUACAGAAUGAGAAGUGUCACCUCCUCAUCGAACACGAGACCCAGAAGCUGAAGGAACUCGACGAGGAGCACGGCCAGGAGAUCAGAGAGUGGCGAGACAAGCUGAGACCCAGGAAGAAGGCCCUGGAGGAGGAGUUCACGCGCAAGCUGCAGGAGCAGGAGGUCUUCUUCCAGAUGAGCGGCGAGUCGGAGUGCCUUAACCCCACCGCCCAGAGCCGUGUCUCCAAGUUUUACCCAAUCCCGCAUCUGCACAGCUCCGGCUCGUAGGACUCGUAAGUUCUCAGAAAAUGUCUUUUUUUUUUUUUUUUUUUUUUUGGGGGGGAGGAAGCAUGUUUUGAAUUGAAAAGCCUGCAGAUGGCGGUUCUUGUUCGGUUACGGAUUCUCUCCAGUGCCUCCUGCAAAACGUUUAGACGUCCUUCGGUUUUUGCACUCGGGUCACAUUCCUCCAUGUUGCACCGACGGGUGGAGUCUACUUCCUGGAGGCCCUCUGCUUAUUCCCCGUGCACAUGAGAAGGAAUGGAAGUGUCGUCGCCACAUUGGGUGGAAAAAAAAAAAUCCAAAUAUGCAGUACCAAUCAUGCUUAAAAUCAUCUUUUUAGUUUAUUUUAAUGACCACUCUUCUUUGGUUUUUAAUACUUGACUAACUUAUACCAUCUUGCUCAGAAACUUUGCUGGAUUUUUAUUUGGGAUUCUUUUACACCAAAACCGUCGUCAUAGAUAUAUAUUUUUAACACCUUUUUUUUUUUUGGUUUUCGGACAAAUAGUGCAGGUGGAAGUGUCAAUGGGAUGUAUUUGUUGUAAAUAAAAUAUAAUAAAUACAGUAAAACGAGGCUGGUGGUACUUUUUAUAAUUUAUUGUUUGAAAAUGUGAAGGACAACAAAGUCAGUGAGCUCAUACAAAAAUAUACAAUCUAAAUCCCCUCAAACUAGCAUUUGGCUUUUUUAAAAAUGUUUUGGAUUCAAGUCAACAAUCAGUCAUAAGCGCACUAACUUACUGCAACAUUUGAAAUAUUUUAUACAACAAACAGUAAUUGACCUCAAUACAGUAGAAUAGUUGUUUUUCUUCUAAGGAGCUAAAA